GUAGGUCUUGUUAACCGGAUAUAUUGGCCCGCCGCAGCAGCACCUGGACGGCCACACGACGACAUCCGAUGAGUCAAUCGCCGAGCAGCUCUGGCGCCGACUUGCGGCAGCGAGGAGGAGGUUCGAUGUCCCCAGAUGCUUCCCAGUCGAACCAGAGCGGCAUGCCAUAUCCACCGACGUCCACUCUUCUUGACUCCAUCACAGAUCAGUCGACAUUACGCAGCCGGUUGAGUGGAAGUACUGCGCUACUGUCGAAGCUUCCAUCGAAACUGCAUGCCCACGGUCCCGACAGCAUUCCCUACUCGUCUCUCAGUGUGUCUGUGGACGAUCUUCACACGCCGACCCAGUCGACAUCGUCCACGACAGGGUUCGGCUCGCCAUCGUCGGUGACCGUGUCGCUGCCGGAACUGGUGACCAACCUCACGCGUCCCAUGGAGCGUCUGGCGUUUGAAGUCAAGGGUGCGCUACUUGCGACAGGUCUUGCGGCAACGUGCUAUUUAUUGAACUGGUUCAAGGUCGUGUUGGUCCCGUUCUUCCUCGCGAUCUUCCUCAUGUACCUCGUCGAUCCCCUCGUCGAGAUGAUCGACGUGUCGCCGCGGUACUUUCUGUGCGUCUGCACGUCUCGAGGGCGUCAUUCCCGCCGCAGGUCGCGCGGUUGUUCGCGCGCAUUUGCAUCUCUGUGCGCCGUGUCCGUCGUAUGCACGUUCUUCGGGCUCCUCGGGUACAUCACAGUUCUGUCGGUGCAUGCGCUCGAUGUUGGCGCGUACCAGAAGGGGUACAAUGCAUUGGUAGCAUCGAUUGAAAACAUCUCCAAGCAAGUCGGCCUCCCCAUGAACAUCACGGUCACACUGCACGAAAACGUGGACAAGGUCGCGACGCUCGUCCUGACCGAGAUGAUGGACUUGUUCUCGACGCUAUUUGUCACGAUGAUCUACCUUACCUACUUCCUGUCCACCCGCGUGCGCGCUAGCGAUGCAGGGGGCGUCUGGGCUAAGAUCGACCACGACAUUCAGAGAUUUGUUACGCUCAAGUGCUACCUCAGCCUUCUUGUGGCCCUCUUGGUCACGAUUGCGUACGUGUCGCUCAAUGUCGGUCUCGCCAUCCUCUGGGGCAUUCUGACAUUUAUCAUGAACUGGAUUCCGAACGUCGGGGCGAUGAUCGCGUCGCUCGCGCCGCUGUGCAUCAUCCUGAUCUCGCCGGAAGAGAUCAUGACUCCCAUGGACAAGUUUCUCGCACUCGUUCUCCCGGGGGUGUUUCACUUGUUUGUGGGAAACUUUGUCGAGCCCAAGAUUCUCGGGCAGAAGCUCGAGAUGUCGCCAGUGGUCGUGAUCAUCAGUUUGUCGGCGUGGGGGCUGCUCUGGAGCAUUGUGGGUAUGUUUUGGACGAGGAGCGAGGAUCGUCGGGAUGGCGGCCUCAUCGAUCGGAGGUGUUGUAGGCAUGAUGCUGUCGGUGCCGCUGACUGCAUCGUUCAAGAUCACGCUGUCGCAUUUGAAAAUGUGGCCGGAACUGGUUGCUCUCAUCGACGGCACGUACUUCAUGCGGAACCACCGCCACGACAAGAAGAAGCGGAGGGACGAAGAUGCUGACGCAAGCAUGGACCUCCAGGCCGAAGAACAGACGUACCAAGCCAAGGAGCUGCGCACAGAUAUCCAAACGACCGAUGACAGCGACCAUCACUUGAUCGCCUAAGUUAACGCACGCACACUCGCAUUCCUCCCUAUCUGUUGUGGGAGGUGAUCUCCUCGUUCACCAAGAUAUGCGUGGAUGAAGUGCAUUGCCAUGUUUCACUCAUGCUAUGGUUGGUGGCGGCCACGGUGCCCGUCGACGUGGCUGCCACGAUGGGAAAUAUGGCGUCGAUGUUCUUUACCCGUCGGGGCAGAGCGACGACGGCUCGCGGUUACAGAAUUUUCGGUAAAUUUUGAGGAUAAUUUAUGAAAAAAUUGGAGAUUUUUCGCUUG